UCCAACAGCCGCAGCCACCCACGGUGCUGGGGUGGCAGCCCGAGGGAAGUGUGGAGCCAUACAAUCACACAUAUACAUAAAAACAAGCAAAGCUGUGCCAUGCUGCUGUCCUGCAUGCAUCAGCACACAAAGUCAGAAGUAAAUCCUGAAGUAACAACUUGAAGGCGCACAGUUGACCCAAAGUGAAACUGUAAAUUGAAACAAGCUGAAACAAAUUUAUAAAAAAAGAUGUCAGUCCUAGUUUUCUGCUGGUCUCUAUCAAAUAGUCACAUAUUUUCCUCCUCUGAGUUUUAAAUGUUUCCUUCUGUCCCCUCUCUUCUGUCCUCUUCUGAAUGGUUGGAUUGUUUUUUUGUUGUUGUUGUUGCUGUUAUUAUUACCAUGUACCCCUGCUGAAUUAUUUUGCCAUGUUGUUUUCCUCCUUGAGAUUUCUUCAUCAGCUCCAAGUCCUUUCUAACAAAGAGGCGGCAUUUGCAAUGAAUGGAGCGAGCAAAUUUCAUCUCUCAGGUCCAGAGAAUGGCAGAGAAGGUGCUGGUCACAGGUGGAGCAGGCUACAUUGGGAGUCACUGUGUGGUGGAGCUUAUUGAAGCAGGUUUCCAGCCAGUUGUACUAGAUAACUUCAGUAACGCUGUCAGAGGAGAAGGGGAUGUGCCAGAGAGCUUACGAAGGAUAGAUAAUCUUCUGGACACCAACAUUGAGUUUCAUGAACUAGACCUUCUAGACCGACCUGGCUUGGAAAAACUCUUCAAAAAGCAUGCUUUUAGUGCUGUGAUGCACUUUGCCGGCUUGAAAGCCGUCGGCGAGUCAGUGGAGCAGCCGUUGCGCUACUACAGAGUCAACCUCACCGCCUCCAUGAAUCUGCUUGAGGUGAUGCAGGCUCACAGGGUGCACAAUCUGGUCUUCAGCAGCUCAGCCACGGUGUACGGAGACCCCCAACACCUGCCCAUCGACGAGCAGCACCCUGUGGGCGGCUGCACCAACCCCUACGGCAAGACCAAAUACUUCAUCGAGGAGAUGAUCAAGGACCAUUGUAAGGCAGAGAAGAACUGGAAUGCAGUGCUGCUGCGUUAUUUCAACCCAAUUGGAGCGCAUUCCUCUGGCCUGAUAGGAGAGGACCCUCAGGGUAUCCCCAACAACCUGCUGCCAUAUGUUGCCCAGGUUGCCAUUGGGAGAAGAAAGAGCCUCAAUGUAUUUGGGAAUGACUAUGACACACUCGAUGGAACAGGUGUGAGAGAUUAUAUUCACGUUGUAGAUCUGGCAAAGGGACACAUCGCAGCUUUGAAGAAGCUGAAGGACGACUGCGGGUGCAAGGUUUACAACCUAGGAACAGGAAGGGGUUACUCUGUGCUCCAGAUGGUAAAAGCCAUGGAGAAGGCAUCAGGGAGAGAGAUCUCAUACAAGAUCGCCCCUCGCAGGGGAGGAGACAUCGCAUCCUGCUACGCUGACCCUCGUCUGGCCGAGAAGGAGCUAGGCUGGAAGGCUGAAUUUGACCUGGAAAGAAUGUGUGAGGAUCUGUGGCGCUGGCAGUCAAUGAACCCCACAGGAUUUACCAAUGGCACAGCGUCUUGAUACAACUCCAGCCUGUUUUUUUUUUUUUUGUUUUUUUUUUUUAUAUUAAGUCCUCUUCGAAAUCACCGGGCCAAAGCAAACCACCAACUUCCUCAUUUUUGCAUAUCACAUAAACAUAUGAUGAGACCUCAGGAGGAGCUGAAUGCUUUAUGUUUUGUCACGUUUCAUUUCCUAUUAGCUCCAUAUUAACAAUUGUCUUGUUUUCAAAUGAUUGUGUAAAAAUGUCUUUCUGUUUUUUCUGUGUUGGUAUGUCAGAUUUAACAAUGGAUAUUUUCUCUAUAAAUGCAUUGAUCUGUGAGCCAUAACAAUGAAAGAAUAAAUUAAUUUUCUUACUGAAGAAACACAAGCCUGUAAUUCUGCUCCAUUAUGACACUGGACUUUUGCAAAUGAUAGUAAAAUGAGUUGUAAUUAGGGGAGAUUGAAUUAGAUUAAAUCACAAUACAAAACCAUAAGAAUACUCUGAUUUAAGAUGCUCUCACCUUUAAAUAUGAUGACAUGGCUGUAAAUUCACUAUUGAGCAACACAGGGACAUCACAGGUUCUUUUAGGAAUACCACAGUA